UUCUGUGACCUACCCUAAUUUUUCUUUUUUUUUCUACAAACGCCGCCGUCAAAAGUUUUUUUUGAUCACCGGUUUUCUCUACUCUGUUCUACUCUUUUUUUUUUUUUCUUGACGAGCUAAUGACCUCCUUGGCUAUGGCUUCUUCUCCAGUUGUCAUAUAAAUAUCCAUCUUUUCUUCUCCUUAUGCUCUUAACGCAUCAGAUAAUCCCGGUGCUUUGAUUUCCUCUGUUGUCUUGAAAGAAAACAAUUAUUCUGAAUGGGCUACAGAACUUAUGAAUUCUCUCCAAGCUAAACAAAAACUCGGUUUCAUUGAUGGUUCGAUAACAAAGCCACCAAUGGAACCUGAUUUGUCGGCCUGGAAAGCUGCUAAUUCUAUGAUCAUAGGAUGGAUUAGAACAUCUAUUGAUCCAACUCUUCGAUCCAAAGUUUCUUUUGUAGCUGAUGCUAAAGACCUUUGGGACAGCCUUCAAUAACAAUUUUCUACUGGCAAUGGUGUUCGCAAACAACUACUCAAGGAUGAAAUUUCAGCUUGCAAGCAAGAUGGACAACCGGUUUUAGCUUACUAUGGGGGUUUAACCAAGCUUUGGGAAGAAUUACAAAAUCAGCAGACCGUGUACUUGCGCUGCAGCUCCCGACAUCGCAAAGGAACGUGAAGAUGACAAAGUGCAUCAAUUCUUAUUUGGCUUGGAUGAACGAUUCUGUCCUAUUCGUUCAACAAUUACUGAUCAGGAUCCUUUACCUGAUCUGAAUCAUGUUUACUCACGAGUCAUCCGUGAAGAGCAAAACCUUAAUGCUUCACGGCUUAAGGAUGUUGUCAAAACCGAUGCUAUCGGAUUUUACUGUUCAAGCCUCAUCACCUCAAGUUGCGGCUGUCUCGGCUCCUCGCUCUCGGGAUCGAUCAUCCUUACUCUGCACUCAUUGUCAUCGACAAGGACAUGAAGUUACUGAGUGUUUCUUAGUUCAUGGUUAUCCCGAUUGGUGGCUUGAACAAAAUCGUCACGACGGGUCUACAAACUCUACGGGUCGAGGAUCUUCUGGCCGAGGCAGUUCUGGUCGUGGCAAUCGUGGUCGAGGAAACUCAUCUUCUGGAUCUCGUGGUCGAGGACGAGCUAAUGCCGUCAGCACUCGUUCCAAUACUUCCACCACCAAUGACGCACCUGAUCCAAUUACUCAUCUCAUCUCCCUCCUACAAGCUCAUCGCCCAAAUACUUCUUCUGAGAAGUUGUCGGACCGUUUACGAGGACUUUGAUUUGUACGGGUGAAGAGCGUGAGGGGGUGUACUAUUUUACCGGUGUUCUUGCUGCUCGUGUCAACAAAGCUGUCAAAGAAUCUUCUUCUGCAGCCCUGUGGCAUCACAUACUAGGGCAUCCUUCUAUCGGUGUUUUGCUUGCUUUACCAGAAUUGGAUCAGUCUCGUAGUGCUUUGGAGACGAUUAAGAAUUGUGAUAUUUGUCUUCGUUCUAAACAAACACGUCAAGUUUUUCUUGAAAGUUUUAAUAAAACUACUACUUUUGAACUUGUUCAUUGUAAUGUUUGGGGUCCUUAUCGCACACCGUCUUCUUGUGGUUCAAGUUAUUUCUUAACUUUAGUUGAUGAUUUCUCACG